AUGACCACCGUGCACCUGGGAAGCAAAACGUGGAUAUUCCGAACAGCCAAAGAGCUGUAUCUGAGAUUUUCGCUAAGCGUGGCUCCAUCACGAACGGCCGGUCUCCAGUGCCAGUCGCCAGCGGAAUUGUCAGCCGCCAUGGCCGCUCUUUUAUUCUGCUAUCCCGAGGUCUUCCAGAAGGCAAGGGCGGAGGUGGACCGGCUCUGCGGGACGGACAAGAAAAAGUUGCGUCUGCCGGUGCUUGAUGAUAUGGAUCAGAUGCCGUAUACCUGCGCUAUCAUCAAGGAGCUCCUCCGCUGGAGGCCCAUCUUCCCUUCAACCCCGGACCAUGUCCUGACCUCUAAUCUGGAAUUCGAAGGGUACCAUAUCCCCGCUGGAGUUUGGUUUGUGGUCAACGAGAUCCCUGGGUGCUAUGAGUCAGAACCCAGACGUCUUCAAGCCCGAGUGGUGGCUCGACGGUCAUGA